AUGUCCACCAAACGCAAGGCCGCAGCCAAGCUGGCGCAGCCCGUCGUCAAGCAGAGCGCCAAGGGGCCUUCAAGGAGUAGGAUAGACGAGAGCAAGACCUCGGUAUCAGCUUCCGCUGCCAAGCCCACAGAAACGGCCCAGACGAUAGAGAUCUCGAGCGACUCGGAGAGCGUUUAUGAUGAGGCGGGGGACAGCAUGGACGAGGACGAGGAGGACCAGCCAUCAAAGCAGAAGCUGGCAGCACAGAGCAAUUCAAAUGCCGACACCGAGAUGAAGUCCGCCCAAUCCUCAAAACAACAAGACCAGGAGGAUGACGGAUCCGACGCCGAGGCCACCUCCCCCACCUUCGGCGACCUCGUCCGCAACAACGAGAUGGUCGAGGUCCCGUCCUCGCUAGCUGCCCAACACUCCGCCACGGCGCUGACCGCGCUCCAAUCCCGCACGAUCGCGCCCCCGGCCACGUCCUCCCUCGGCACCGUCCUCAACCAGGCGCUGCGCACCGACGACACCGACCUCCUCGAGUCCUGCCUGCACACGACGGACCUCAACACCGUCCGCAACACCAUCCAGCGCAUGGACUCGUCCCUCGCGGGCACCCUGCUCACCAAGCUCGCCGCCCGCAUGCACAGGCGGCCCGGCCGCGCGCACAGCCUCAUGAGCUGGGUCCAGUGGACGCUCGUCGCCCACGGCGGCGCCCUGGCCACGCAGCCCGACCUCGUCCGCCGCCUCGGCGAGCUGAACCGCGUGCUCGAGGAGCGCGCGCGCGGGCUCAACAGCCUGCUCGCCCUCAAAGGCAAGCUCGACAUGCUCGAGGCCCAGAUGCAGCUGCGGCGCACGCGUAGGGCGCGUGGGUCCGCGGCCAAGGAGGAGGAGGACAGCAGCGACGACGAGGCGGCCGAGGAGGGCAUCAUCUACGUCGAGGGUGAGGAGGAGGACGGAGGUGUCGCGGGCCUCACGAACGGUGCGUCGCGGGGUGGAGCGCGGGACGAGGAGGACGAGUUCCCUAUCGCCAAUGGCGUUUCUGAUUCCGAAGACGACGAUCUGGAGGACGAUGAUGACGACGAUGAUGAUAUGGAGGUGGAUGAUGGGGCCAGCGCGGCUGGAGAGUCUCUGGAUGAGGACGAUGUGGACCACGAGGACGUCGAGGAGUCUGCCGACGAGGAGGAGAGCGACGUGGAGACGGCGCCGCCACCCAAGGUGCAGAAGACGAGCAAGGCGUUUUCCAAGAGGAGGUGA